AACAAAUAAAUGACUUGUUUCCUCAAAAUUCGUUUCCAAAACCAAAAGGAAAGAACGGAUAACAACUCGUUUUUUCCCAUUUACAAUUUUGUGCUCAAAUGAAAAAUGGAAAAAACGGAUAACGAGCGGUUCACCCCGUUUAAUCCAAUUUUUAUAUUUUUAUUUGACGCAAGAUGCAUGACCCGGAUGUGACCUUUAUUAGGACCAGAGUCCGCCAAACAAACAAGAGGUCAAGACAAGAAGACAUGGCCGGACUGGAUGAAUAUUCCGACUUAAUUCGCCAGCUUUUUGAGGAUGGUAGAACGCAUGCUGAGAUUUCCACCGCGCUGCAUCAGAUAGAUGUCCCGAGAUGCUCGGAAAUGUCUGUCAGAAGAUUCUGUGUUCAACAUCAGCUCAGACGAAAAAGACAUGUGUCAGACGCAGAACUGGAAACGGCAAUCAUGUUAUCGAUAGAUAAGACAGGUCCCUGUUACGGCCGAAAAUUCAUGACAGGAUACCUGUCAUCAGUGGGGGUAAGGGCAGGAGAAUCUCGAGUGGGAAGAAUUCUCAAAGAGGUACACCAGCCGUAUAAUGAGCUGCGUCGCCAAGGAGCACGUAAUCUGAAUCCAGUUCCUUACCACGCCGAGUAUAUGGGCCACAAACUCCACCUAGACCAGAAUGAGAAGCUGGCAAUGUUUGGAGUGACGCACGUCUUGGCUAUUGAUGGAUUCAGCAGCAAAAUUGUUGCUGAAUCCACAAUGCCAGUGAAAAACAACCUUAUUAUUUAUGAGGAAGUUUACAGGAAAGCAGUUGUCCAAAACGGCAUGUGGGACCAAAUCAGAGUGGAUCAUGGCAGGGAGUUUUACUUGACCCUGUACAUGCAAGAAAAGAUGUCUCAACACAGACAUAACAUCAACAGGCUACCAUAUGUACAAACAACUUCUUCAAGGAACCUUCGUGUGGAAAGAAUUUGGCCAGAGGUCAACAAUCGAGUGAACUAUCCACUAAAACAGGCCCUGGUUCACCUGCUGGAUCAAGAGCUGCUCGACAUGCAGGAUAAUGUAACCAAAUUUUGUGUCUCCAACCUGGCAUGUCAAGUGAGUCAGAUUGGACUUGCCAGGGUUGUGCAGUCCUGGAAUGCCCAUAGGAUACCAGGCAGAGGGAUACCAAACCAACUUGCAGCUGAUUGUUGUCCAGCAAGAAUUCCCACAGAGCUGCUGCCCAAUGCUGCAGAGGCAGCACACAUGUAUGAGCAGGAGUUGGGGUCCUCCCUGACUUGGGUGUCUGCCUUUGGCUCUGACCCAUUUUCAUCAGAGCAAGACCGAUGUCGUGCUGAGCAGCUGUUUGGAGAGAGGUUUCCAGACAUGUCUCUUCUUUUUGGAAAAGUGGUUAACAAUGACCAUAGUGUGUUUCAGGAGGCACUGAUCUAUCUGAUCAAUAUUACUAAUAGACAUGCAAGGUAAAUACAGUUGGGGGUGUCGCAAACUAGGCCAAUGGUAGACUAAAUGAAUGUAGUGGAGUAAAAGAAUAUUUCCUCUGAGAUGUAGUG